AUGUUGACUAGUAUAUUGAAAUUGAAUGCAGCAAUACCGGCACUGUUACCGGUAUUCAUGUUUAUGUAUGUACAUAGAAUGCGGCAUGAAACACCAUUUGUUCGUGAAGAAUUCCUACGUGAAUAUGAUUAUAUUGUUGUUGGAGCCGGUUCAGCCGGUCCUGUCGUUGCGAAUCGUCUAUCGGAAAAUCCUCGAAUGAAAGUAUUACUUUUAGAAGCUGGUGGCCAUGAAAUUUAUCAAACAGAAAUUCCCGUUCUUGCAGCACGAUUACAGCUUUCAGAAUUUGAUUGGCAAUAUAAAACUGAACCACAAAAAUAUGCCUGUCAAGGAAUGAUUGAAAAUCGUUCAAAUUGGCCAAGAGGAAAAAUUCUCGGUGGUUGUUCAUCUAUUAAUUAUAUGCUUUAUAUACGUGGUAAUAUUAAAGAUUAUGAUCUAUGGGAACAAUGGGGUAAUUAUGGCUGGGGCUGGAAAGAUGUUUUCUAUUAUUUCAUCAAAUCCGAAGAUAAUCGUGAUCCGGCCAUUCUGAAGAAUGGAUAUCAUGGAUUCAAUGGCCCAUUAACCGUAUCGACACCACAUUAUACAACGGCAAUCGGUGGUGCAUUUCUUGAAGCUGGAAAAAAUUAUGGCUUUCCAAACAUUGAUGUCAAUGGUCCAAGACAGACCGGAUUUGCCAUACCACAAGGGACGGUUCGUCGUGGUGCACGUUGUUCAACAUCUAAAGCAUUUAUCAGGGAUUUUCGUGAACGUGAAAAUUUUCAUACAGUGAUCUAUGCUCAUGUAACACGGAUACUGUUCAAUGAACAUAAACGUGCCAUUGCCGUUAAAUUUGAUCGAAAAGGCCUGGAUUAUAUCGUAUAUGCACGACGUGAAAUUAUUCUAUCAGCCGGUGCUAUUAAUUCACCACAAUUAUUGAUGCUAUCAGGUAUUGGGCCACGUUGGGAUCUUGAACAACUCGGUAUACCGGUCAUUUCAGAUCUACCGGGUGUUGGUGAAAAUCUUCAGGAUCAUAUCGGUGUCGGUGGUAUGCAAUUUCAUAUUGAUGCACCUGUUUCUGUUGUACAGCCUCGAAUGUAUGUUGCUAAAUCAUUUACACAAUGGAUUGCAUUGGGUAUCGGUCCAUUAACUAUGUUGGGCGGUUUAGAUGGUCUUGGAUUUAUCAGUACUAAAUAUGCAAAUGCAAGUGAUGAUUGGCCCGAUGUUGAACUGCAUUUCAUACCCUCAUGUCCAUCAUCAGAUGGCGGCGAAUCUGUUCGUAAGGCAAUGAAUCUUAAGAAUGAAUUAUUUCAAAAAAUUUAUGAACCAUUUCUUUACGAUGAUUCAUUUGCUUAUUAUCCGGUACUAUUAAGACCUCGUUCAGUCGGAUGGAUGAAACUUCGUUCGGCCAAUCCUUAUGAUCAACCAAUCAUUCAGCCAAAUUAUUUCAAAGAUCCAUACGAUGUUAAAGUAUUGGUUGAUUCGUUGAAACUUAGCCUUAAGAUGGCUUUAUCGAAACCGUUUCAAAAAUUCAACGUAAGACCAUGGUCAAGAAAAUGGUAUGGUUGUGAAAAAUAUCGUUGGUUUAGUGAUGAAUAUUUUGAAUGCUUAACACGAUCAUAUUCGGCAACAAUUUAUCAUCCAGUCGGUACAGCUAAAAUGGGCCCACCAGAUGAUCCGAUGGCCGUAGUUGAUCCACAACUUCGUGUUUACGGUGUGAAAGGAUUACGUGUCAUUGAUGGAUCAAUAAUGCCAAAGAUUGUUUCAGGCAAUACCAAUGCACCGAUCAUAAUGAUUGGUGAAAAAGGUGCCGAUCUAAUCAAAGGUCAUUUAUAUCCACCGGUCAAUGUUCGGCCAGGAUAUGCACCAAUACCGGAAUAUUUAAAAAAUCCCGAAACCGAAAAGAAUGCUGUCGGUGGUCCAUUAAGUAAAAUUGGACAUUUAUUUGGAAAAUUUAAUUUUCUAAAAUUUGGCUAACAAAAACAAUGAAAAAAAAAAUGAAGAAGAAAACAUCUUCAAACAUCAUGUGUACCUACUGUGUGGUGUGUAUGUGUUCUGCCCUAAUGAUUUCAUUUAACACAUCUUCACACAAGAAAAACAACAACAACAUAAAAAACCCACACAAACAACGACGACAUUGAUGAAAAUGAUUAUCAAUCAAUUUUAAUUCUUCAAGGUAAAUGGCUCAAUAACGUAUGUCAACUAUUAAUAUAAUAUGAUAUGACGAUGAAUUUUAAACAAAAUUUCUCACGUAGACAUCCUGGCUAACUGGUUCAACUGGCAAUAAGUUUUAUUUAUAAAACGUCAUUGAAUUUCUUAACGAACUUUGAUCUUUUGGAAAGUUAAUAAUGUUGUUCGAUUUUCAAAAAAAAAAAAAAAAACAAAAUUGGUCAUCAAGUCUAGUCGUUGUAAAUCCUGUUUAAACUUUUUCUCCCUUCGUGUAUUUCAAACGUCCCAAUUAAUUUCUCAUCACAAAUCGUCAGAAAUGUGUGUGUGUGUGUGCCGAAUAACAAAUAUGAACUACUUUUUAUCCGCUGUCUUUUACUCCUCCCUGGUUAUCAUCAUCAUCAUCAUUAUGGAUGUUAAAAAUAUUGCCGAUUUUUAUCACCGAUUCCUAAUUGGUUCAAUAACAAGCAGAUAAAAUUAUAUAUAAUAGCUUUCGGAAAUCUAAUAAUUUUAAAAUGAAAUUUAAUAAUAAUAUAAUAACAACAACAACAUCAACAACAAUUAUCAAUAGAUUGGUUUAAAUAGACGAUAUUAAUGACAAUGAUUUGGGUCGAUUUUUCUUUGAUAUUUGGUUUGGAAUUAAAUUGAAUUUUUGUUUUAUAAU